AUGGAUCACAUAUCAACUCUCUGUGCACUGAGCACUGUAGGCAUCGCGACCAGCGGUCUUGCCCUCGGUCGCGUCGAACGAACCAAGUCAAGCAUCUUUCGGCGGAAGACGCUACAGUACGAUUCGCUCCCACCUUCACAGCCUACACCGGUCGAUGUGCGACCGAAGACCUCUCGAUCGGCCUGGCCCAGCCAAGCGCGGGUGGAAGGCCCUCUCGGUGAGACUGGGCCCGAUGGAAGUGGUUCGCGCACCGGCCAAUUCCCGGGUCCUGAACUCCGGAGAGCAUCCCUCUCCUUCGGUGCGGCCAGGCUUCGUCGUCGCGGUCAAACAUUGACCAACCGGCCCUUGCAAAUUCCGGAACAUGGACAGGCUGAUUCCUCGACGGAAUCGCACACACGACGGCCGUCUACGAGUUGGCUGCGCCGGUUAUCGAUAGUUUCCUUUCAAACCGAAAGCCAGUCUGCCAACAGUCCGGUGACCCCCUCCUUCAAUGGGUCUUCAAGUCCGAUUCUCCCUCGCCCAUCCAGCCAGCGUAGAGCUUCCAACAAACUCGUGAAACGCUCGUCUUCCCAACAUUCGAAUGCCCAUCCCCUCUUUGUCAACACCUCUACGCGCCCCACCUCCGCUAUACGCAGGCCAGCUACUAGCUAUCAAAGGUCGGAGACCAUGCGAUUGCAGUCUCCUUUGACCACCGAUUUCGAGCCCAGUUUCUCAGAGCCUUUUGAAUUCCCGGCAGCCGACCAAUUCGAAGUAAACUCGGACCAUGAUUGGCAGCCCUAUUUGCUCCCAAAGUCUGAAGGUCUCCCAGAAAGAUUGGCUCGAAGGUUUUCCACAGCUGGAACUCCACGAGUCCACAGUGUGCGGCGGAUCUUUUCCGAUCAAGAUUCACUUCCGGCAUUGGUGCUAGCAACCACAAUAAUAAAUAAGACCUCAACACCACCUCCACUCGAUUCGUCCAUGUCCACCACUCCAGUUCAAUUCCGUGACCCUUUCCAGGCGAGCACCGCUCCUCCAACCGCAGCACCGGCGCAGAAACCUGUUCACAAACCUUCAUAUUCCCUCAACGAUAUUGAACCGAAGAGGAUCGUUGUGAACACGGUAACAGGCUCUGGUACCCCUCUUUUAGGACGACCGCGGGGCGGUUCCUUGAAACGGGUCAAGGGAAGGACCUUCUCAAUUCCUCGAUCGGAGCUUUCAGAGCACGAGUAUGUAAUGCCCGGCUCUCAUCCACUGCCACAACGGAGAAAUAUCACCGAUCCCGCUGUAUUUCGCCGACCAGCUGUCCCUUCCGAUUUGGCGCCGUCCAACUUUGCUCCUCGGUCGGUGUCUCAAGAUUACAAUGUUGGCUUGCGUGGGCGUCGCCCGCUGACCUCCGAUGCCGUUGCCCUGGCUACAUGGCAGCACGCAUGUCGCCCGGAUGGCUAUCCUUAUUCCUCUCUCCGCCGAUGCCCCAAGAGACACUCGAUCGCAGCGUCGGAUCCAUCCUCCACCGUCAUUGGCUCCGAUGUCACACGAGUCUUCACCACGAGUGACGAAUAUGAAACUGACAUGAUGACCGACUACUGGGACUCCGUCCGCACUCGCGAGACAAGUGGCAGUGGGCUCAAGGGACUGCGUAUCGAGACGAUGUUCGACAAGGCAGGAACGCGUCUGUCAAACGAGGAAGUGACGACCUUGGAAGAGUUACUCCCGCGCGGUUCCUUUGCGUCGCGCCUGGAAAAUGACUCCCCGCUAUUUCCGGAGCCUCUCCUCGCCUCUCCUUUGGCACCUUUCCGUAUGACCAACCAUACACCUGUCCUGUCAGAGGAAGAUGAAGAAAAUCGUAGCAUGAUCGGGGCAUUACCUAGCGAGGCUGAAGGCCCUUCACGCCAGACGCCUCUGACGAUUUCGUUAUCAAACACCUUGGCAGAACGAGAUCCGCGCACUUCUCCCCAAUUUUCUCCCGGCUCCCCCGUCGAAGAGUCGCAUCAAAGCCAAAAAAUGAACAUCUUUGACUGGUCUGAACAGUCCCGAACAGAACGUGACGCCUCUGAUUCCGAAGCGCGGCCAAGGACGGUGCACGGGAAGCAGAAUGCUGUCAACAGAGGCAGCCGUGCAGCCUGUCGUAAAGUGCCUUCCGCCAUCCAUCUUCGGAGUCAAAGUGUGCCUGUGGCGAGAGAACUUCCUGCCAACGACACGCGCCAGGGUUCUGGCAAAUUCGGUACGUGGGGCCUUGGCAGCAAAGGUGUGAGCGAGGAUUGGGAUAAUGAUUUCGAUUUUGACGCCGAGGAGACGAGUAUCAGUCAGAAUAUCAAGUCUCCCUCGAACGCUCCUGCUCCUCAGAGCAUGAUGGUCCCGAAAGCCAUCCUUGAGCGACAAGCAAGCCUUCGGGGUCAAUUCGGUCAGGUACAGGAGCUGACCAUGCUGGUACAAGAGCUGAAGCGCCUUCGGCAUCAAGCAAGCAUCUUGGAUCUCGUGGGUGGACCAUCCAGUGAGCUGUGGAAAGAAGCCGAGGGGAUUGUCAACCUUGCGACCAUCGACGACGAAGAUGACCGCCGCUCACCCCCGGGCUCACCUUCGUCUCUCACGUUCAGCUUUGGUGACUCGGACGAGGAGGGAUUGAAUGCUUCAUCCAAAAGGAACAGUGAAGUCUCCUGGCACGGUGCUCAACAACAACAAAAUCAACUACCCUCCCCGCCAUUUAGGCAACCCAAGGGGGAAAGUGAGAGCUCAUGGCAAAGUGGCUCACAACCAGAGAGUCAGCUGUAUAGUCCGCCGCUCAGGCAAUUUUCCAAAGGCUCUGCAAAGUCGAAAUCAGUCAUCGAUAUCCUUCAGUCUAAUCGACGGUCUGAGACCUCGACCCUGCCUGAGCUUACCCCCGCUCCACGUACCCAGAAGCUACCUUUUGACACGCAGUCUCUCCGGGACUUGGUGGUUCGAGCCGGGGUGGUCACUCGUGCUUUGAAGGAGGUAAUCCGAAAGGCAGAAGGCGUUGAUCCGAGUCCGCAGGAUGUAUUCCCUUCUGAUCCGCCUUUCCGGCGAAUCUUCGAUCAGCCCUCUCAUGACGACCUUGCGAGUUUUGAGGCGGCCCUCGCUGAACUGCACUAA